UCCGGACGCCCACUCUUAUAAGAAAAAGAAUCACCGUCUCAUUCCUCCUCUCCUCUCGUGUUCUGCCCGCGGACUCUUCUCUCUCUCUCCUUCUCACGCUCUCUCCUGCGAAUCCAGGAGUCAAAAGGCAAGCCACGGAAAGGUGAUACCGAAAAGAUAGGGGGGAGAGAGAGAGAAGGAGAGAGAGUGAAGGAGGGAGAGAGAGAGAGGGUGAGGGUGAAAGGAGGGAUGGAGGAAGCCAAGAGAGUGAUUCGGGAAAGAGAACUGUUAUAGAGAGGCCGAGAGGGUGGCGUUUUUAUACCGCCGAAUGGUUCCUUAACUGACGAGACUAAUCAAAAUCCCAUCUUGCGCACCGCGCUUCUCCUUUGCGUGAUUCAUACGGUAUAUCACCGCCUCCCUCUCUCCAUCUCUCUGGCCUGGUCAGUUGGUUGCCGGUUAUCAGGCAUCCAGGCACGAGGUAAGUCCAAGGUUUGUCUGUCUUUUUUGCUUCUUUGUGGUAUCGGCAAGGUGGGAUGGGAGGCGAGUCGGCAUUACAGGGGGCCGCCGGCGCUCCGGCUUCUUAUUGGUUCGACGCCUUGGAGGACGUAGACGCCCUCUCCGGCAUCGAAUUCGCCGAAUUUGAUCCUUCCGUGCUGCCCUUCUCGCUCGAUCAGCACGCACCGGAAGAUGGCUUCAUUAUGGAGAUUGACCGGAUCCUGGAGAGCAUCAAUGGAGAUCAGCCCGUCACUCUGCCACCUCGGGAAGCCACCGUGCAGUCUCUAAUGCCUUCUUCAGUGCCUGCAGACAUCCCCGUGGACGGUUGGAAGUCGGAGGAUCGAGCAGGUUUGGGGGGAAACGGCUCAGCCUUGGUGAAAAGGGAGCCAGGGGCACGGCUGGAUCUCAAUGAUGGGAAUGUGGUUAAUGGCGACGGUAGAUAUGGGAAGAGAGCUCGUGAAGCCAGUUUUCGAGCGGAGGAGAGGAGCUACCCAGCUGGCCGACACGACCGGUACAGGGAAUUGCCGCUAGGCAGGCGUUGGUUCCGCGACAGGGAUGAUAGGAAGCGGCGGGAGGGUGAGCGUGGAAGAAAAAGGGACCGGGAUGGGGGAGAGUUCAGGGAUAGGGAGAGGAUGGAGAGGCCGAGCAAAGGUUACUGGGAGAGGGACCAUCGGUCCGGUAGAAUUGUCUUUAGGGUUGGCUCUUGGGAGGCAGAAGCCAACCGGGAGACGAAAAAGGCCAAGUAUGACAGUGUGGAGCAUGUUAGGGGGAGCCCUGAGAAGAGGGACGAGGAGAAGGAAAAGCCGGCUGAGGAACAAGCGAGGCAGUAUCAGCUUGAAGUUCUUGAACAGGCGAAGAAGAAAAACACCAUUGCUUUCCUCGAGACUGGAGCAGGGAAGACCCUGAUUGCGGUUCUACUCAUGAAGAGUUUGUGCGCUGAGAUGAUGAAGGAGAACAAGAAAAUGCUGGCAAUCUUCCUAGUGCCCAAGGUUCCUCUUGUUUACCAGCAAGCGGAGGUGAUUCGAAAGAGGACUAGAUUUAGUGUUGGGCAUUACUGUGGGGAGAUGGGACAAGACUUCUGGGAUGCUCGGAAAUGGCACCGCGAGUUUGAAUCAAUGCAGGUUCUUGUUAUGACUGCUCAAAUUUUGUUAAACAUUCUCAGGCAUAGUAUAAUAAAAAUGGAUUCCAUACAUCUUCUUAUUCUUGAUGAGUGCCACCACGCAGUUAAAAAACAUCCAUAUUCGUUGGUAAUGUCAGAGUUUUAUCAUACAACUCCAAAGGAGAAAAGGCCAGCUGUUUUUGGUAUGACAGCAUCUCCAGUCAACUUGAAGGGAGUCUCUAGCCAAGAAGAUUGUGCUAUCAAGAUUCGAAAUCUUGAAAGCAAACUGGACUCCAUAGUUUGUACUGUCAAAGAUCGCAGGGAACUAGAAAAGCAUGUCCCUACGCCAUUGGAAACUGUUGUGCAUUAUGACAAAGCAGCUAGCUUGUGGUCUUUUCAUGAGCAGAUAAAACUUAUGGAAGCUGCUGUAGAAGAAGCUGCACGUUCCAGUUCUAGAAGAAGCAAAUGGCAAUUUAUGGGAGCCAGGGAUGCUGGAUCCAAAGAAGAACUCCGUCUUGUUUAUGGUGUUUCUGAAAGAACUGAAAGUGACGGUGCUGCUAAUCUAAUUCAAAAAUUGAGGGCCAUCAACUAUGCAUUGGCCGAACUUGGCCAGUGGUGUGCUUACAAGGUUGCACAUUCAUUUUUAACUGCUUUGCAAAAUGAUGAGAGGGCGAAUUACCAGCUUGAUGUGAAGUUUCAAGAAUCUUAUCUGAAAAAAGUUGUUACUUUAUUGCAAUGCCAGUUAUCUGAGGGCGCCGUAAUUAAUGAUUGUAAUAAUCCUACAAUUAUAAACAAUACAGAUGUACAUUCUGUUGAUGACAUUGAAGAGGGAGAGCUGCUAAAUAGUCAUGCUGUCUCUGGUGGUGAACAUGUCGAUAACAUUAUAGGAGCUGCUGUUGCAGAUGGCAAAGUUACUCCUAAGGUUCAGGCAUUAAUUAAAAUACUUCUCAAGUAUCAGCAGACUGAAGAUUUUCGUGCUAUUAUCUUUGUGGAGCGUGUUGUUGCUGCACUUGUUCUUCCAAAAGUGUUAUUGGAGCUUCCAUCUCUAAGUUUCAUAAGAUGUGCCAGCUUGAUAGGGCACAACAAUAAUCAAGAAAUGCGGACAUGCCAAAUGCAGGACACAAUUUCAAAGUUUCGUGAUGGUCGAGUAACUUUACUGGUGGCAACAAGUGUUGCUGAAGAAGGACUUGACAUUCGACAGUGUAAUGUGGUCAUAAGAUUUGACCUCGCCAAAACUGUUUUGGCAUAUAUCCAAUCUAGAGGUCGUGCUAGGAAACCUGGAUCCGACUACAUAUUGAUGCUUGAAAGGGGAAACUUGUCACAUGAGACAUUUUUAAAAAAUGCUCGCAAUAGUGAGGAAACUUUGAGAAAAGAAGCCUUAGAGAGGACAGAUAUCAGUCAUCUUAAGGGUAACCCAAGACUUUCUUCACUAGAAGCUGUGCCUGACUCCAUUUACCAGGUUGAAUCAACUGGUGCUGUUGUGAGCUUAAAUUCUGCUGUUGGGCUUAUCUACUUCUAUUGCUCUCAGUUGCCAAGUGACAGGUACUCCUUGCUUCGUCCUGAGUUCAUUAUGGAAAGGCAUGAGAGACCUGGUGGCUUAAAUGAAUAUUCAUGCAAGCUUCAGCUUCCCUGCAAUGCUGCAUUUGAGAAGCUAGAGGGCCCUCCAUGCACUUCAAUGCGCCUUGCACAGCAAGCUGUGUGUUUGGCUGCUUGUAAGAAACUACAUGAAAUGGGAGCAUUCACUGAUGCGCUUUUGCCAGACAAGGGAGCUGGAGAGGAAGGUGAGAAAAUUGAACAAAAUGAUGAAGGUGAUUCUCUUCCGGGGACUUCACGGCAUAGAGAAUUUUAUCCUGAAGGUGUGGCAGAAAUUCUCCAGGGGGAAUGGAUUUUAAAUGGAAGAGAAGGUUGCCAGGAUUUAGCUGAAUAUCAGCUGUACAUGUAUGCUGUAAAAUCUAUCAAUGUUGGAAAUUCUAAGGACCCAUUCCUCUCACAGGUUUCUGAUUUCGCGAUACUUUUUGGCAAAGAGCUGGAUGCAGAGGUCUUAUCGAUGUCAAUGGAUCUUUUUGUUGCUCGAACUAUGAUAGCAAAUGCAUCUCUUGUUUAUAGAGGACCUGUUACUAUUACAGGAACUGAGUUGGCUACAUUGAAGAGUUUCCAUGUUAGACUUAUGAGUAUUGUUCUUGAUGUGGAUGUUGAUCCCUCAACCACUCCUUGGGAUACCUCUAAAGCCUAUCUUUUUGUCCCAGUCAUUGCCGCAAAACAUUUUGAUGCAUCAAAAGAAGUUGAUUGGGCUCAGAUUGAACGUAUAGUCUCUUCUCAUGCUUGGCUUAAUCCACUACAGAGGGCGCGCCCAGAUGUCUACCUUGGUACUAAUGAGAGAACUCUUGGAGGAGACCGUAGGGAGUAUGGAUAUGGAAAGCUACGUCAUGGUAUGGCGUUUGGACAAAAACUUCACCCUACAUAUGGUAUCAGGGGCGCUGUGGCACAAUUUGAUAUUGUAAAGGCAGCUGGGUUGAUUCCUCGCCGGCCAUCUGUAGAGUUCCUUGAUGAUAGAUAUCGGUUCGGCAAAUUAUAUAUGGCUGAUUGUUGUAUUGAUGCAGAGGAUCUUUUGGGUAAGAUUGUCACUGCUGCACACUCCGGGAAAAGGUUCUUUGUGGAUUCUAUACGCCCUGAUAUGAAUGCAGAGAAUUCAUUUCCCCGGAAGGAAGGCUAUUUAGGGCCUUUGGAAUAUAGUUCAUAUGCUGACUAUUACAGGCAAAAGUAUGGGGUGGAUUUGAUGUACAAAAAACAACCUCUGAUACGAGCACGCGGUGUGUCAUAUUGCAAGAAUCUCCUUUCCCCAAGGUUUGAACAUACGGAAGCACCAGAGGGAGAAUCUGAAGAAAAUCUUGACAAAACAUACUAUGUUUUCUUACCUCCUGAACUAUGCCUCAUCCACCCGCUUCCUGGAAGUCUUGUGCGAGGAGCCCAAAGAUUACCCUCAAUCAUGAAAAGGGUGGAGAGUAUGCUUCUUGCUAUUCAGCUCAAGGAAAAGAUCAAUUAUCCUGUUCCAUCUGCCAAGAUAUUGGAGGCUUUAACAGCUGCUUCAUGUCAGGAGACAGUCUGCUAUGAAAGGGCUGAGUUGCUAGGUGAUGCUUAUUUGAAAUGGGUGGUUAGCAGAUUUCUUUUUCUCAAAUAUCCACAGAAACAUGAGGGUCAGCUUACGAGGAUGAGGCAGCAGAUGGUGAGCAACAUGGUCCUGUAUCACUAUGCUUUGAAUAAAGGUCUCCAAUCAUAUAUCCAGGCCGAUCGUUUUUCUCCGUCCCGAUGGGCUGCUCCUGGUGUGCUUCCUGUCUUUGAUGAAGAAACAAAAGAAUCUGACUCAUCUAUGUUUGGUGAAGAAUCUCAUGGUUGCGACUCUGAGUCAAAAAAUGAUUUAUAUGAUGAUGAUUCUAUAGAAAAUGGCAGGGAAGAUGGGGAGAUCGAUGGCGACUCCAGUUGCUACAGAGUACUUUCUAGCAAAACACUUGCUGACGUUGUGGAAGCCUUAAUUGGAGUUUACUAUGUUGACGGUGGAAAGAAUGCUGUUAACCAUCUGAUGCGCUGGAUUGGAAUUCAAGUGGAAUUUAACCUUCAGGAGCUACAGUUUGUAAACCCAAAUGCAAUUCCUGAAAGUAUAUUGAGGGUUGUUGACUUUGAUACACUUGAAGGCAUUUUGAAUGUAAAGUUUAAAAAUAAAGGUCUCUUGGUUGAAGCCAUUACACAUGCCUCAAGGCCAUCAGCUGGUGUUUCGUGUUACCAGAGGCUAGAAUUUGUUGGUGAUGCUGUGUUGGAUCACCUUAUAACACGGCAUCUUUUCUUCACCUACACUGAUUUGCCUCCCGGACGACUUACGGACCUGCGUGCUGCUGCGGUUAAUAAUGAGAACUUUGCCCGUGUUGCUGUUAAGCACAAGCUCCACCUCCACCUUCGCCAUGGUUCAAGUGCUCUAGAGGCUCAGAUUCGAGACUUUGUGAAGGAUGUUCAAGAAGAACUGUCAAAGCCUGGAUUCAAUUCCUUUGGUCUGGGAGAUUGCAAAGCUCCCAAAGUUCUUGGUGACAUUGUUGAAUCCAUAGCUGGUGCAACUUUUCUAGACAAUGAUCUUGAUACUUCAGUUGUUUGGAAGGUUUUCCAGCCUUUGCUGCAACCUAUGGUGACCCCAGAAACACUUCCUAUGCAUCCAGUUAGAGAACUCCAAGAGCGCUGCCAGCAACAGGCAGAAGGACUGGAAUACAAAGCUUCUCGCAUGGGUAAUCUGGCCACAGUAGAAGUUUUCAUUGAUGGAGUCCAGAUCGGAGCAGCUCAGAACCCUCAGAAAAAAAUGGCGCAGAAGUUGGCAGCAAGAAACGUACUAGCCAUACUGAAGGAGAAGGAAGAAAAGGAGAAGAAAGAGAAAGACAAGGAGAAUGAAUUAAGAAAAGAUGGCCAUAAUGGAGAAAAGAAGAGUAAUAACGGUCAAGUAUUUACCAGGCAGGCUCUUAAUGAUAUAUGCUUGCGGAGGCAGUGGCCAAUGCCACAUUAUCGCUGUGUAAAUGAAGGUGGCCCUGCGCAUGCCAAGAGAUUUGUCUACGCAGUUCGUGUUAACACCACAGAUCGUGGGUGGACUGAUGAAUGCAUAGGGGAGCCAAUGCCCAGCGUUAAGAAGGCGAAGGACUCUGCAGCAGUUCUUCUUCUCGAGCUUCUGAAGAAAGUUUAUCCUGAAAAUUAGAAGCUUAAUUGGUGUUUCAUUUUAACUGAAAGUUUCUGGCUAUUUGCUUAUCUAAAAGCUUUUAAUUGGCUGUGAGGAAUCUUCCAUUGUCAUGGGAGCUUUUCUAGCUGAGAAAACGUAAUGGAAAUUUUUUGCGUUGAUGUAUCAAUAUUAUGAGAUGACUUAAAUGUAAUUGGCCUGUGAAAGAUCUGCUUUUUGGCUUA